AUCUAAAGAAUCUUUGAGCUUUAAAAGCAGCAGCGACGCCAUCGCCUCGUGGAAUUCAUCGUUGUUGUCAUCAUUGUUGUUGUGUGCAAUCCAUCCAUUCCAUUAAUACUUAGCAGUGGUAUAAGAAGUCCCUUCCGCUCGAGUAGGAACGCACACGCAAGGGUUGGUAGGAAUGGCGGAUAAGACGGAGACCUCGGUUCCGACCUUGACGGAGAGGGUUCGGAUCGACGGCGCGCCGGCGAAGGCUAGCCUGGCGGCCGACGGGACGCUGCGGUGGAGCUCCGGCGAAGGCGGGGAACGGUGCCUGGCACUGGAGUCGGAGGGGCUGGGCCUGGACGUGGUGGGGCGCAGGAUCACGAUCCGGGCCUUCGUUGGGGCGCUCAAGGGGUUGUCUUCUUGCGGCGGGCGGCGUGGCGCCGGCAAGAGGGUGAGGAGGGAUCAUGUGUUGGAGAUGCCCACCGAAGAGUUGGCGUCCAGGUGGAGCGAGAGGAUGAGGGCUUACAUCGAUUCCCUUGGUCGGCCAAAGCGGUUAUUGAUAAUUGUAAACCCAUUUGGUGGAAAUAAAAGUGCACGAAAGAUUUUUGACACAGAAAUUAAGCCCCUUCUAGCGGAUGCUGAAGUCCUUUAUACCUUGAAAGAAACUAAGUAUCAGCUCCAUGCUCAAGAAAUUGCUAACACCAUGGAUCUUAUAAAAUACGAUGGAAUUGUGUGUGUCAGUGGUGAUGGUGUUCUUGUAGAGGUUGUUAAUGGUUUAUUGCACAGGGAAGACUGGGAUACUGCAAUUCAGGUACCUCUUGGGGUAAUUCCAGCAGGUACGGGGAAUGGUAUGGCAAAAUCACUUCUAGAUGCAGCUGGUGAAGUUUACUCUGUUUCCAAUGCCACAUUUUCUAUUAUUAGAGGUUAUAGACGCACCCUUGAUGUUGUUACCAUCUCCCAAGAAAAGACUAAGUUUUUCAGUGUCUUGAUGCUUACCUGGGGUUUGGUGGCAGAUAUUGAUAUUGAAUCUGAGAAGUAUAGGUGGAUGGGAAGUGCUCGCUUGGACUUUUAUUCUCUUCUUCGCAUAAUUAAUUUGCGAAAGUACAACGGGCAUGUUCAAUUUGUUCCAGCACCUGGAUAUGAAGCAUAUGGAGAACCAAUAAAUCAAACCAACUGUUGCAGUAGCAACACUAUGCUUUACAAGGACGACCAAGGAGAUGAAGCUAAUGUUAGGCCAUGUGGCUACCAAGGCCCUUCAAUUUCCCUGGAUGGAUGUGAAUGGAGGUCUAUUGAUGGCCCUUUUAUUUCGGUUUGGAUCAACAACGUGCCAUGGGCAAGUGAAGAUAUUAUGCCGGCACCCAAUGCCAAGUUCUCUGAUGGCUACUUGGAUGCAGUCAUUAUCAAAGAAUGUCCAAAGUCGGCUCUUUUGUCACUGAUGCUGAAGAUGAGUGAUGGAAGUUAUUGCAAGUCUCCGUAUGUCGUGUAUCUCAAGGUCAAAGCAUUCCGAUUAGAGCCAGGUAAGCAGGUAGGACAUCCCACAAAGGGUGGCAUCAUCGACUCUGAUGGCGAAGUUAUUGCUAGGGGUGAUGAUCUCCAUUGUGAAGAUCAACAACAGAAUCUGAUGAUGGCUUAUGGUCCUCCCAUCCAAAUGACGGUGGAUCAGGGCUUAGCUACAAUCUUCUCACCCAGAUGAUCCCUCUUGGUCCCAUUUCUCUGGUUGUUGGCCCCUCCAUACCUUUAGGCACAGAGAAGAGCGAACAAAAAAAAGAGAAAUAAUAUAUCUUUUUUCUCUUUACCAGCAUUUUGCUGUAUAUAUUUGUGCAAAAAGGAAAAGAAAAAGAGAGAGAGAUUUGGCACACUCCCUUUAUUUUUUUAUGGAGGCUGUAAUUUAUGCUAAUAAUAGUAUUAACCUUUUCCAUUCUAAUGACAUCUCCUGGCAUCUGCUGAUUUCUAA